UACAACAAGGUUUCAAUCAACAGGAGAAACUAGCUGAUGUUCAACAUUCAGUCUGAGAAUUGUUCUCUUCACAGCAGCACUUAUUAUUGACACAAUGGUUGAACACAGUGCAGAAGGAGAGCACCGCCUACUGGAUGAUGUCGCCCUCUGUCUCCUCUUUGAGCUGAAUGUUCACUUCUCUCACUUCCUCUUCCUCCUGGUUCACAGACUGUUAGCAGCAUUUGAGUCACUGUGAGGAGGGAGGAUGGAGCACUUUUCACUGUGUGCAAACACAACGAGCCAAAUGUUCUCCAUCACUGAGGUCAUUAAUGCUUCUCGUGCUUAAAGUGAGACUCAGGGUCAGAUAUUUCUGCAGAUUAUUUGAGGUUUAAGCGUGACAUCCUCAGAAGGCUCCAGAACAUCUGACUUGUCAUGUUUUACAGUUGUUUUUGUCAAAGCAAAGAAAAUGUAUUUAAGUGAGUUUUGCAUGUUUUACAGCACGAAUUCAAAGCAACACUAACAUUGAGAAAUAUCAUUUUUAAGAUGAGGAGCACCAAAAACAUCACACAACAGAUUCAAAGUCGUUGAUCUUUCUAAUUCUGUCUUCAGCAUGUGAGCUCAAACUUAAAGAGUAUUUUUAGGUUGAACAUGAAUUUAUGAUGGUCAAGUUAGUGUUUGAUGUGUAGAAUAAAUAUUCCUUCCUACUGGAAAUUGUUUUGUAAUACCUGGAGACAUUUAAAAGAUGUGGAAGCAAACGUCACUGUUUUAAAGUACAGAAAUGCCUCCACAGAUCAGAGGAGAGCAGGAAGUCUCCAGGGUCAUGGACACUUUAAACCACUCUGGGAAAAGAGGAUGGAUAUAAAGCUUUGUAUGGACUGUGACUCAGACGGUGUCAGAGCAGGUUAAACAUCAGUGAACAGCAGCUUUACCAGGAAUACGUCCUGAUGCCACAGUGUUGGAAAAGAAGGACAGCUUUUGGCACACAGUACAUAAAGGCAUGCAGAUCAGUCAAAGUGGGGUUGUGUUCAUUGUUCCUGAGGUUCAUAUUAACAUACAGGGAAGGAUCAAGGAUGGAUGAUCAUUAAACACCAGAGAAACUCAUAAGACUGUUACCUGUUCAAUAUACUGAAGAUACAAGUCAGCAGACGUCCUGACAGAGAGCCAACAAACACAACAGAAUCAUUCUGUAAAUAAGGAAUGAAGCAGUAGAUCAGCCUGCAAAGCAAGCUCCACAAAGCUGACCCUCUUACCAGCUUCAGACACAGAAAUACAAAGCAUGAUGAAGCAGACACGAUGCAAAAGCAGUGGGUGGAGGAAAAGGAAGGAUGACGGUGUUACAGGACAGAGGAAAGCAGGAGAGAGGAGUCAUCGGCACUUUGGACGCUGCGGUUUAAACAGCACAUUGUUCAUAACAGGAAACAGGGAAAUGUGACAGCUGUGAAGAAACAUCUUCUUUUUCUCAGUGACGCUGGUCCACACUCCACGCCAGCAGAUGGCGCUAAUGCACCAUUUCCAUGUUUUCCAGCCACCGGGACAGCUUCCCUGUGACACGAAGCGGAAGUGAAGAGGAAACGCUGCCAGUAUUGUUCGCUUUCCUCCGGGAGCUUCAGCAGGAAGACGGAGCUGUGGUCAUCUCUCCGCCGGAUCUGUGAGCUGUCGGAGCCGCGAUGUCGUCAGUUCGCUACCUGAGAGAGUUUAUCAACGAGCGACUAACUGCUGCUGCCGAGGAAAUCUUCCUGCAGUUUGAAAAAACGAUCGUGCAGUACGAGGAAGUGAUCGACCGUCAGCAGAGGCUGCUGAGCAUCACCUGGAAGCCCGAAACACAGCUUCACAAGACAGUCCCUCCAGACGUCCCACAGCAGCAUGUCUGUAAGGAGGAGGAGGAGGUUCUCCCCGAGCAGCAGGAGAGGAGCUCCAGUCUGGACCAGGACGAACCAGAACCUCCGCAGAUUAAAGAGGAACCCGAGGAACUGUGCAGCAGUCAGGAGGGAGAGCAGCUGGUGCUGAAGGAGGAGAUCGAUACUUUUAUGGUGACUGAAACUUAUGAGGAAAGCGAGCACAGCGAAUCAGAGCCGGACAGCGAUCAGCUCCUCUCUCACAGCUCUGCCAAGAGAACCGAGAUCCGAGACCAGGAAGGAGUCAGGAGCGCAGAUCCAGGAGCGUCUAGAAGUCACAGCAGCAACGCAGAAGACUCUCCUGUGUCAGAGAGUCAGUGUCACGCCACCACAGGGGAAAAGUCUUUAACGUGUGGCUUUUGUGGGAAAGCCUUUAAGAACAAGUACAAGAUGAUUGAUCACCACAGAGUCCACACGGGUGAGAAGCCGUAUUCUUGUGAAACGUGUGGGAGGAGUUUCACUCAGAGGGGAACGCUGACUGUCCACAUGAGGACUCACACAGGCGAGAAGCCGUAUUCCUGCAAAAUAUGUGGGAAAGGUUGCACAGUGAGGAGUAAUCUGAUGGUGCACAUGAGAACGCACACAGGUGAGAUGCCUUACCUGUGUAAUACCUGCGGGGACAGAUUUUCAGACUUGUCGACAUACAAAAGACACACGACCGUCCACACGGGAGAGACGCCGUAUUCCUGCGAAACGUGUGGAAAGGCUUUUAACCGAGGCAGUAAUCUGCUGCGCCACAUGAGAACUCACACAGACGAGAGGCCUUAUUCCUGUCAAACGUGCGGGAAAAUGUUCACACGCAGUAAUCAUUUGUUGCGCCACAUGAAAAUUCACACGGGGGAGGAGUCCCAGUAGUGUUACUCUUAGUGGUGCUGGUCACGGGUCCAGUACUUUAAAGCUGUCCUUAUACACAAAAAAGAGAGAAAACUGUAAUCCUGUCAUACCAGGAUGCUCGAAGUAUUAUUCUUACAGUGUGUAAGAAUGAAAACUUCCAGUUCGAACAGAUAUUCAGGAGUGACUGCAGCCUCCGAGUGACAGGUGGGAACCUGAAAGUGGGAAUUUGGGAUGCACAAACCCAACUAGUUAAUUUGGAUCACUGUGAGUGCUGCAGGCUGCUCACAUAUCUUACCCGGCGCACUGACAGAUGAACUGAAGUGUGACCACACCUGCGUGUUUAUUCUCUAUGACAUCCUCACAAAGACCAAAGUCUGUGUUUGUAUGUGUGAAACAGGAAUAACACUUCCCACGUCUGCGAGUGUGUCAGGGUCCGCUCGAGUCCCAGUGACUUAACCAAUCACAGCAGAUGGCCCCGCCCCUCCCUGAGCCUGGUUCUGCUGGAGGUUUCUUCCUGUUAAAAAGGAGUUUUUCCUUCCCACUGUCGCCAAAGUGCUUGCUCAUAGGGGGUCAUAUGAUUGUUGGGUUUUCUAUGUAUGUAUGUAGGCUCUACCUUACAGUAUAAAGCGCUCUGAGGUGACUGUUGUUGUGAUUUGGUGCUGUAUAAAUAAAACUGAAUGAAAUCAUCGGGCACUUUUCAUCCACGUCCCUGCUGGGUUGUUGAGAUUACCCCAGGCAGUUUCCAUCCCAGAGAAAGCUCUCUCCAGGAUGGGAACAGCAAAAACGCAUCAUUAAUGUCUCAAUAAGUAACAAAGUCGGUCAGAUUAAAUAUAAAAGAUAACAUUUAUGUACCCAGAGCAAACCUUUGUUCUAAACCACAGAGCUCAGCGUCACACCGCAGCAUGUUUCCCACAGUGAGAGGUCACAGUGAUGUUCAGGCAUCAAAGCCUUCAGUGACGGUUUGGUGUGAUUUUAAGUGUAAAUGAAUUAUAACCUGAUUUUCCUCAGUACCGCUGAAUAUCUGGAGACUGUUGAUGCUUUAAAACAAACUGUAGGAGCUUUUUGUUUUUUAAUAGAAAAAGUUUUAAAAAUAUAUAUAUGUUUGUUUAGGCUGUUUGAUUUUUAGAGGGACGGAUAUUUAAUCUUUUUAAGCUCAUUUUUGUUUGUUUACACGAGUUUAUUGUUAGAUUUGUUUUUGGGUUUUGUCAGAAUCCACCGAAGGAGCAACAACAGAAGAAGCAGUGUUAGAGGUGGUGGGAGGUUAAAUUUGAAGGAUAUUCUGAAAAGCUGAAGGCAGUACAUUCAAAUUAAAACAACUCAUGAUCAUUGUGACAGUAAUAAAGUGUAAAGUCUGGAGGUGGUGACUGUGUCCUUCAGACUCCCAGCCGGGACCUGGCUCCUGCUGCGGGAUCUGGCUGGUGGUGUUUGCUGAGGUGUCUGGAGGCCUCUCUGAGGGGCCCACGCGAGGCCCAGCCUGCUCCGUGGGCACCGGUCAGAGCCGAGGAAAGCUGAGUUUGGUUCAUCUUUCCUCCAGCUUUAAUUCAUAAGCUCACAGCUGUGGAUGAAAGCAGUGACUGUGACUUACUGCAUUUACAGCUGUUGAAUAGAGUCAUUGAUUUUAUUGAUUGUUGUUGUUUAACUCAUGCAUGCAUCAAAUAAAGUAUUUAAUCUGUAA